ACGAGUGCUGGCCGAGAGUGGGGCUCGUGAGCGCCGCGUGACGGGAGUGUGACGAGGUCUGAUGGGUAUGUGACGGGGUGUGACGCUCAAAUACCGUGACCGCGAAAUACAAGUGACGAGUGCUUUCCGUUUGGGAGGAUUUAUCAGAUACAGGAUGGGCGGCCUGCUGGGCAGCCGGCGGCGGCUGCUGCUGUCAGCAGCUGUCCUGCUGAUUUCAGCUCGGAUCAGCAGAGCAGCAUUAUGUGACGUCAGCUCGUCCGACACAGUGGUCAUUGUCGACAUUAUGGAGAGUCUCGGAGACGAGAUGGACCAGCCGACCUCCCCUCGUGAGCUGCCCAUAGAGGGUUCUUCCGACGAGAUUUCCCUCUCACUUCUACCGGACGCCACUAACUUCUUCCGUCUGGAGGGGAAGUCGCUAUAUCUGGCGUCUCCUCUAGACAGGGAUGCUGACGACCUCAGCUCCAUUGUACUCAGGGUGUCCUGUCAAGUACGAGCCAGCGGCUACCGACGGACAAUACCGGUCAUCGUACGGGUAACGGAUACCAAUGAUAACACACCGGAGUUUACCCGGCUCCCCUACAGGACACGGAUACCGGAGAACACGGCAGUGGGAGAGGUAAUUUACCGCGACAUCGAGGCGACGGAUCGGGAUGCCGGUAUCAACGCCCUGCUCCAGUACUCGCUGGUCCCUGGCGAUGGUGGCGCCACCGACGGAUAUGGACGGUUCAGCAUCGCACGACCCCACCAGGGUGUGGUGACGCUGACCCGUCCCCUAGACUUCGAGACCACCAACGUCUACUAUCUGAGGGUAGUGGCCAGCGACCAGGCGCAGCCGUCGUCCGCGCGACGUUCGGCCACCACCACUCUGACGGUUCAGCUCGACGAUAGCGACGACCUGGGUCCGGGAUUUGUGGUGGCCGGCUGUCGGCCUAGUGGGCAGGAGUGUCCGCUGCCGAGCUACAGAGCUACGGUUGUCUCCAGGGAGCUGUCUGGCGUUCUCGAUGUUCGACCAGAGAGAAUCCACGCCGUCGAUAGGGAUACUCUCGGAGCUGAUAUCGAGUAUAGGUUUAUAUCUGGUCAGCCGCCCAACUACCACCAGUAUUUCGAGAUUGACCUGGCCUCGGGUCAGGUGCGCCAGAUUCAGCCGGUGGACCGGUCCAUGGUCAAACAGUUCACCAUUACCGUUCAGGCCCGAGAGCGCACGCCCUCCGGCCGAUCUCAAACCACCGAGCUCAUCAUUGACGUCAAGGCCGUGGACACCAGCCCGCCUGUCGUCACUAUUACGUCACCAGAAGGCUACGUUCAGGAAUCGUCAGCGGUCGGUACCAAGAUCAUGGUACAGCCUCAGAGUCUGGAUGUGAUCCAACUGAGGGUCGAUGAUCCCGACUGGACCCCCGGCGAGGACCGUAUGCAGUACCGCUACGAGCUGACCACAGACGCGUUCGCCGUGGAUCGGGAUGGUUAUCUGGUGGUGGCCAGAGGGGAUCUGGAUCGAGAUCCGCCGGCGCCAUCGCAGCUCACGUUCCAGGUGGUCGCCCGAGAGGUAACCAGCAGCGGACCGGGUAGGGCGAGUCUACCUGCCACCGUAACGGUCCACUUGCUAGACGUGAACGAUAAUUCACCCCAGCUGCCCAUGUACCGGCCUGUGAGGAUCGCGGCGGGCAGUGGAAGGAGGAGGAUACUGCAGGUCCACGCCACUGACGUAGACGAAGGAGCCAACUCGGACAUCUCGUACGGCGUGGUUCACGUCUCCAACAACGGCAGGUCCAAGUUCGAGAUCAACUCGCGCUCGGGCGACCUGGACAUCCUACAGCGGGUGUUUAGUGGGGAGCAGUACAGCAUCACUGUGCAGGCGGCGGACCGCGGCGGCCGGCAGUCCCAGACCAUCGUCGAGGUAGCCGUGGUGCCCGGCCCCAACUCUGGCGGGCCCGUCUUCAGACAGAGUCUCUAUGAUGCAGAUGUGUCGGAGGGGGCCGGUGUCGGAAGCACGGUGCUCACUGUGAUGGCGGUCGACCCCGAGGGCGACCCGGUGACCUAUUCGCUGGUGGAAGGCACUGGUCUCGAUCAGUUUAGCAUCGGCAGAGCCACGGGAACAAUCAGUGUGACCAGGCCUCUGGACCGGGAGCAGCUCAGCAAAUAUAAUCUGAUGGUGCGCGCGUCGGACCCGGAUGGUCUGGCCACCACAGCUGUGGUGAAUAUCCGUGUAUCGGACAUCAACGACAAGAACCCGCAGUUCCUGAACCUGCCGUACACCUUCCGCACGCGGGAGGGAGAGACGGAUCUGUUCGUGGGACGAGUUAGGGCGGUAGACGAGGACGCCGGUGCCAACGCCGCUCUACUCUUCUCGGUGCCAGAGAGCUCUCCGUUCUCCAUCGACCCCACCAGCGGGGAGAUUCGUACCAGAAGGCCACUCGAUUACGAGAACCAGGGGGUGCAUUACCUGGUUGUGACGGCUAAGGACGGCGCUGCGGACCCGCGGAUCGCCACUGCCACGGCCACCAUAUUUGUCAGCGACACGGAGGACGAGCCGCCCGUCUUCAGAGAGACUCGCUACGACGUCUCAGUGCCCGAGAACACGCCGUACGCGGACGUUGUCAGGGUACAGGCGGUGGAUCUGGACUCCCGGCCUUCUAUUCAUUACGUCAUACGGGAAGGAUCGCGUGACUUCUUCAACAUUAACCCCGAGACCGGUCUGAUCACCACUCUGCGUGGGCUGGACUAUGAGCGCGAGAGUCGCCAUGUGCUGGUCAUUGGAACAGAGGAGAAUCGAGCUGACUCUCCCGACGCCACGGCGACUGUUAUCAUUCAGGUGGAAGACAGAAACGACCUGCCUCCGGUAUUUACCGAGGUACCGCGUCCCGUGGAACUGAGGGAGUCGGACCGGCCCGGUCAGGUCAUCGCGGCUCUCAGAGCUAUCGACUCGGACGGCACCGCGCCUGGUAAUAAGGUGCGGUAUGCUGUUACCGGCUCCGGUCGAGCUGAGAGAUUCUUCACGGUGAACCCAGAGACGGGAGAUGUGUCCAUCAGAGAACCCCUGUCGGCAGGGGCAGAGACCAAAUACGAGCUGGAGGUGACUGCGUUUGACCUGGGAACCCCGGAGCUCAGUUCGUCCGUCCUUCUGCCCAUAUUUGUGGAGAGACGGGGACAGCCCAGCCGGCCGCUGGAGCCCAAAGAAGGCGUCUCAUUCGCGGAUCGGGAGCACUCUGUCGAACUAAUGGAGAACGCGGCCGCCGGUACCCUGGUCAAAUCCAUCACCCUGAUUAACGUGCCGAGGUCGGCGGGCGACCUGCGCUGUGACGUCAUCGGAGGCGAUGAGGAAGGUCAUUUCUCUGCCGUAAUACGCGGUGCCUCGUGUGAAGUCCGGGUAGCUACUGAGCCCAUCGACUACGAGCAGCAGCAGAGGUACAGACUGAGACUGAGGCUGCGGUCCUCAUCGGUUAUGGUCGACCCGGCGAGGGAUAUCGCUACGCUGGUGGUUAACGUGCAGGACCGCAACGACCACCGUCCCGAGUUUAUAUUCAGCCAGGCCUACAGUGCCGUGGCGCCGGGACGGUACCUGACUGCAGUCGACCGCGAGGCGCAGCUCGGUACAAACGUCAUCAGAGUGCAGGCUCGUGACGGUGACGCCGGCCAGUACAGCAGGAUCACGUUCCACAUAUCCAGCGACUCCAACCAGUUCGGCUACUUCGACAUAGAUUCAGAGUCGGGCAUCAUUAGUACGGCCAAAAGCUUCAGGUCUGUGAAGCCCGAGCAGCUACCGUUCAACCUGACCGUGCUGGCCCGAGAUAGCAGCAGCACUGGCGAUAUCAUGGAGACCAGCGUACCCGUCCUGAUAAACCUCAUCACCCCUGAGAACCGUAUGAUUCUGGUGGUGCGUGACGCGCCUCCAGAGACGGUCAACAGCCACCAGGCCAAGCUGAUCAAGGUGCUGCAGGACCUCGCUGGAGAUGAUCUGGUGGUUGGCGUGGAACGUAUCGACUCCCGUCGCUACAUCUCCGAAAACGGCUCCAUCGAGACAGAUCCAGCCGGCACUGACGUCUGGUUUUACGUCAUCGAUCCGCGCUCUGACGUCAUACUGACGCGCCGCAGCGGCCGACUGGACAGCACAAUCACCGGAGCCCGGGCGCGCAGUCAGAUAGCCUACUACCUCUCUGCCGGCCUGGGGGCCCGUGUGGAGGACGUACGCGGCCCCCUCGUAGUUACCCCAACAGUCACAACGCGACAGGUUACCCAUGGCACGGCGCUGGAGAGUUACCAGGUCGCCCUGCUGGUAUUCGGCUGUCUGAUCGCCUUCGUCAGUCUAUGUGGAAUUAUCCACCUUUGCACACUAUGGUCCCGGUAUAGACGACACAGGCGCUCCAAGUCGGAGGGGACGCUCAUUAUUCCUAAAUAUGAGCCGUAUCUGGUGGAGCCCAGUCUGAAAGAGUAUGAAACGCAGGUACUCCAAAUGAGCGUGCCAGUGGACGACGACAGCGUGAACGACUUUCAGCUGGAUUUCCGGAGCGAUCAGCCUCACUAUCUGAACCUAGAUAGCAUCAGCUACAUCACAAAGGACGGCAACUCGUCCACAGGGAAGGACUCUGGCCACGCCACGCCCUCGGACCACCACCCGAUGAGGUCGUCAGAUCCCUUCCAGCCCGACAGCAGAUUCGACAACAAGAUCAUCAGUGAAAUUCACGAGGAGAUCUCAAUAGUCAAGGACGGGGUUCGGGAGUACAGGGUGACGAGGGACGUUCUACGAGAGGUGGAGCAUGUCUCGGAGGAGCUCAGCGCCUUCGACAAUCCCCUAUAUGAGCAGUCCUCCUCUGAAGACGAGGUGGACGCCCAAUCCAUCAGCGCUACCAACGAGAACGUCACAUUCCGGGAGAGGCGCGACUUCAGCUACCUGCAGAGGUCGCCCGUCGAGUCCACCACCGAACUGUGAUCGUGACGUCACGAAAUGUCACGGAGUGGUCACGGAACGUCACGAACUUCCAUGGAGUGGUCUUGGAAUGGUGCGAAAUGUCACAGAAUGAUAUGAAAUGUCAUGGACUAGGGCAGAAUGUUACGGAGCAUAACGGAAUGUAACGGAGUAGGAUGGAGUGUCACGAAAUGUCAUGAAAUAUUGUACAAUGUCACGAACGUGUCACGGAAUGUCACAAAAUGUCAUAAAGCGGCCAUAUGAUGUUAUAGAGCGGUAUGGAAUGUCUGAAGAUUGUUACGAAAUAUCACGGGAUGUUACUUAAGAUCACGAAAUGGUACAGAUUGUCUUGGUAAGGAACAAUCAUUACGAUACGAAUGUCGUGAACGCCAAGAAUCAACCAAGAUGAUUGAGACAUCGUGGGUUGUACUAGGCGUUACGGUGUGUACAUAUCUUUACAGAGUGUUGCCAAGCGUAACGGAUGGAACGUCACGAACGGACCGUCACGGACAGAGCGUGACGAAUUAUUCGUCACGCACGGAACGUCACAGACGUUUAAGGUGGUAUCAGCCUGGACUGACUUGGGAAAGGUAGCAGGUGCGUGCUAUUUUUCUCUGACGAGUGACCAUUGUACUCUGUGUUGAUUGAAACAUCGGUGUACCGGCGAAACCAUUGUUGAAUGAUGGCUGGUGCGUUGAUAAAUCGCUCUCGAAUGUUGUUUAGUGCCAGAGCGUUGUCCUUCCGGCAGGUAUGAUCAUACUUGGUGUCAUACCUAACAAUAGUUUGAGGACACGUGACAUCUCAGCGCCAUGCGGUGUGGUCAGAUGGCCAUACUCGGUGUUUUACGAUGCUUUGUCACCAUACCUGCACCCAUACAGUGUGGUGUCAGGUAGCCAUUAACCAUACCUGGUUUCAUGCCGAGGUCACCUGACUAUACUAGACGUCAUACUGCGGUUAGACUGUCAUACUCUGCGUUAUACAG